AUGUCGAGUAAAAUAGUUCGUAUUGGUGUUUGUCAAUUGAAUUGUCGGGAUGAUAAAAAUAUUAAUUUCAAAAUUGGAGAAGAAUUAAUUAAACAAGCAAAAAAAGAAGAAGCCAAAAUUGUAUUUUUUCCUGAAGGAUUUGAUUUUAUAUGUGAAUCAAAAUCAUUAACACUUGAAAAAGCAGAAACAAUUGAUGGCCCAAUUAUCAAUGGUUAUAGAAGAUUAGCAAAAGAAAAUCAAUUAUGGAUUUCAUUAGGUGGUUUUCAUCAACGAACAGAAGUUGAAGAUCGAAUAUUAAACAGUCAUUUAAUAAUAAAUGAUCGAGGUGAAAUCGUUAGCCAUUAUUCAAAAAUACACUUAUUUGAUGUUCAAGCUGGUUCUUUAAGGAUUCAAGAAUCAGAUUAUACACAAGCUGGCUCAUCAAUUAUUAAACCGAUUGAAACACCGGGUGGAAGAAUUGGCCUUGGAAUUUGUUAUGAUCUUCGUUUUCCUGAAUUUGCUCGACUAUUAACAGUUUCGCCUGAAGAUGGUGCACAAAUUCUAACAUAUCCAAGUGCUUUUACUAAACAUACUGGAGAAGCUCAUUGGGAGAUAUUACUUCGUUCUCGUGCUAUUGAAAAUCAAUGUUUUGUUGUUGCUGCUGCUCAAGUUGGUUUUCACAAUACUAAGCGUGAAUCUUAUGGACAUUCUUUAGUUGUUGAUCCAUGGGGAAAAAUUCUUUUGGAUAUGAAUUUGGAUUCGCCAUCAAUUCGAACAAUUGAUCUUGAUCUUUCAUAUAUUGAACAAGUUAGAGAAAAAAUGCCAAUAAUUCAACAUCGUCGAAAAGAUUUAUAUACAUUAAUAUCAUCAACAAACAUAGCUGUACCAAUCAAGAAUAUCAAUAAUGAAAAAAUUCGUUGGGGUCAAUUAGAAAUAACAGCAAGUCAAAUUUUUUUUCGUUCAACAUUAAGUAUAGGUUUAGUUAAUAAAAAACCUAUUGUACCCGGACAUGUACUUGUAUCACCAAUUCGAUGUGUCGAACGAUUUUCUCAAUUAUAUCCUGAAGAAAUAAAUGAUUUAUUUUUAUCUACACAAUUAGUUUCAACAAAAAUUGAAGAAUUCUAUCAAGGAAAAUCAUUAAGUAUUGCUAUACAAGAUGGAGAAUAUGCAGGACAAACUGUUAAACAUGUUCAUGUUCAUAUUCUUCCUCGAAAGCCGUCUGAUUUUGAAGAAAAUGACACUAUUUAUCAUGAGUUGGCUCAUCAUGAUAAAAAAGCAAAAGGCUGGAGAAGUGACGAUGAAAUGGCUCAAGAAGCAAAAUUGCUUCGAAAAUUAUUCUAUAGAGAUAUAGAAUAA